AUGUCUGUUCUAAGCAACGUAAUCGACAAUCAUCGAAUGCAAAGGAUAAGGAAUGAAUUUAUUAGGCUAGGAGAUAAGUGCUACUUAGAAAAUGCAGGAACUGCACUAUAUCCACAAUCUUUACUAAAGAAAAUUAAUGAAGAUCUCCUAAAUAAUGUAUAUUUGAAUCCACACUCUGACAAGGAGACAAGGGACUGCAUAGAACAAGUUAGAAAUAUUGUUCUUAGCCAUUUCAAUACAAGUGCUUCCACUUAUAGCAUAAUAUUUACAUCUGGUACCACACAAUCGUUAAAACUAGCCCUAGAAUCCUUUGAUUUCCAUAGUAAUGAUGAUGAUGAAGAUAGAGGUUCUUUCCUUUAUCUAUUAGAUAAUCAUACUUCAGUCAUUGGUCUAAGAGAAUUAGCCGAAGAAAAAAAUGCUGAUGUUAUUAAUAUAUCUCAUAAAGAAUUCUUAUCAUCCUUAAAACCUAUACAUGAAUCUAAAACCUGUCAUAAUAAAAGUAAUAAAAGCAAUACAUUACUUGCUUACCCAGCACAAAAUAAUUUUAAUGGUUUUAAAUAUCCAGUUGAUUGUAUAAGCAAUAUAAAAAAAGGCUGCCUAAAUGGUUUUCUAAAGAAACAAUUAUGUGCUGUUAAUUGUAAUUGGUAUAUUCUGUUAGAUGCUGCAUCAUUUGUUGCAACAAGUAAUCUUGAUUUAUCUAUCACACAGCCUGAUUUUGUGUGCAUGUCAUUUUAUAAAAUAUUUGGAUUUCCGACUGGCUUAGGUGCUUUAUUAGUUAAAAAUAGUAGUGCGAAUGUUUUAACCCAGAAGAAGUACUUUGGUGGUGGAACAGUUGAUAUAGUUCUAAGUAAUGACAGUUUUCAUGUCAAAAGAGAUGUUCUACAUGAAAGAUUUGAAGAUGGUACACUUCCAUUUUUAUCAGUGAUUGCCUUAAAACAUAGUUUUGAGACGAUGAACAAUCUUAUACCUAAAAUAGUAAAUAAUAAUGUUAUGGAUACAAUUUCAUUCCACACAUUUUACUUAGCAAAGGAUCUAUAUGAACAAUUAAGUAACCUUAAACAUGAAAAUGGAAGACAUGCGGCAGUUUUGUACAUGGAUUCUGAUUUUACAGAUAUAAAAAUUCAAGGUGGAAUUUUAGCUUUUAAUUUAGUUAGAGAAAAUGGAUCUUACAUUGGAUAUGCUGAGUUUCAACAUAUGGCCGAAUUAUUUAAUAUUAGUAUAAGAACAGGAUGCUUUUGCAAUUCAGGAACAUGUCAAAGGCAUUUGAAAUUUACCAACAGUGAAAUGAAGAGCAUGUAUAAAGCUGGUCACAAAUGUGGAGAUGAAGUUGACUUAAUAAAUGGGAAGCCUACAGGAGCUAUUAGAGUAUCAUUUGGCUAUUAUAAUACUUUCAAUGAUAUAGAUAAACUAAUUUUGAUGAUAUCUAGAUGCUUUGUAAGAAAAGAAUUCCACAGACCAAAGCGUGAUAUCUUACAUUUUAACAAAGAGCACAAAAGAGAUGGAAUAGCACUAAAGGAAAAAAUAUUAACCAUUAUAAGUGACAGGUUUUUUAAUCCAGUAAAUCCUGUAACACCAAAUAUUGAAUCCAAAGUUAUUUUGAGUGAAAUAUCAAUUUUCCCAAUUAAAUCUUGUGGGGCAUUAAAAAUUAAGUCUGGAUGGCCAAUUGGGCUAAAAGGGUUCGAAUAUGAUAGGGAAUGGAUGAUAAUAAAAGAUAAUGGUGCCUGUCUUACCCAAAAGCACAAUACACUUAUGUGUAAAAUCCAGCCUUAUAUUGAUAUUGAAAAUCAAUGUCUUACAUUAUAUUUUGAAGGUGAAUCUCCAAUUUCUGUUCCACUUAAUCCCUCAUUAAAAAAUAUUUACAAAGAAACUCAAGUUUGUCAAAGUAAAGUAUGCACAGAUGUUGUCAAAGGAUAUGAUUGCGGUGAUGAAGUUGCCGAUUGGAUCUCAAAUUGUUUAGGAAUGUCUUUUUUAAGAUUAAUAAGACAAUCAUCAGAUAGAAUCGCAAAAGGCACCGGAGAACAAAAAUUGCUUUCCCUUAGCAACCAAGCUCAAUAUCUUUUGAUAAAUAAAGCAACUGUCAGAUGGUUGAAAAGCAAAAUAAAGGAUGAAUCCUUUUUAGAUGAUAUUGAUUCAAUGGUUGAUCGCUUCAGAGGUAAUCUUAUUAUUGAUGCAGCUCAAGAACUAGUUGAAAGAGAAUGGCAAAAAGUUGUUAUUGGAAGUCAAGAGUUUAAGGUUGAGGGACAGUGUUCUAGGUGUCAGAUGGUAUGCAUUGAUCAAAAAACAGGCGAAAAAACAGUAGAACCUCUAAGAACAAUAUCUGAAGAGUUUGGUGGAAAAUUACGUUUUGGUAUAUACUUGAGUUAUAUUGAACCUUCAAAUGGAUGCAAAAAUCGAGUUUUACAAGCAAAUUCUAUAGUCACUCCUUUCUUAAAUAAUGAAAAUAUUAUUAGA